CCGGAGGGGGGCAGUAAUCAGUCACUUCGGUCUUUGAGCAACGACGAAGACGCCAUGACACCGGAAGCAGUAGCGGUAGCGGGUGAUUUCUCUCCGGUACUGUCGGUGUGCCGGACGCCGGAGCCGAAGUUUGUCGCUUCUUCGUUUACAGCUGAAAGCAGCAGCAGCAGCGUUUGUGUUCGCAGUCAGACGAGCAGCAGAGAUGGCGAGGAACGCCGAGAAGGCCAUGACGGCCCUGGCCCGAUUCAGACAGGCUCAGCUGGAGGAGGGAAAAGUCAAGGAGAGGAGACCGUUCUUGGCCUCGGAGUGUUCUGAGCUCCCCAAAGCUGAAAAGUGGAGACGACAGAUCAUCAGUGAGAUCUCAAAGAAAGUCGCUCAGAUCCAGAACGCUGGUCUGGGUGAGUUCAGGAUUCGGGACCUGAAUGAUGAGAUCAACAAGCUGCUGAGAGAAAAAGGCCACUGGGAGGUUCGGAUCAAAGAGCUCGGAGGACCCGACUAUGCGCGGGUCGGUCCGAGGAUGUUGGACCACGAGGGGAAGGAGGUUCCGGGAAACCGCGGAUACAAAUACUUUGGAGCAGCCAGAGACCUGCCGGGAGUCCGGGAGCUGUUCGAGAAGGAGCCUGCCCCGGCGCUGAGAAAGACGAGGGCGGAGCUGAUGAAGGAUGUGGACGCAGAGUACUACGGCUACAGGGACGAAGACGACGGCGUCCUGCUUCCUCUGGAGACGCAGUACGAGAAACAAGCUUCCUAUCAGGCAGGGGUCCUCUUCGAUGUGGACGGUGUCCUUCUCCGUGGACGUUCUGUCCUUCCAGGAGCUCGUCGGGCUCUCAGGAAACUUCUGGAUCAAAACAACAACUUCCUCUUUCCUGUUGUCUUCGUCACCAAUGCAGGAAGCUGUCAGAGGUGGGACAAGGCGGAGCAGCUGUCUCACCUACUGGAUGUCCAGAUUGCCCCUGAGCAGGUGGUUCUUUCCCACAGUCCUUUGCAAAUGAUGAAGAGUUUCCAUGACAGGUGUGUCCUGGUGUGUGGACAGGGACCUACAACCAACAUCGCUAACGCUUUGGGUUUCCAGAAAGUGCUGAGCAUCGAGCAGCUUGCACAACAGCACCCCCUGCUGGACAUGGUGGAUCACUGCAGGAAGCCUACAUCACCUUCGUCACCUGUGCAGAGUCUGCCCCAGAUACAAGCAAUCAUCCUGUUUGGGGAGCCAAUCAAAUGGGAGACCAAUCUCCAGCUGCUGAUUGAUGUGCUUCUGACCAAUGGGAGGCCUAGCUGCGUGCACGACGCCCAGCUGUCGAACCAGCUCCCCAUUCUCGCCUGCAACAUGGACCUGCUGUGGAUGGCUGAAGCGCCAUCACCACGGUUUGGUCAUGGGAUGUUCCUGUUGUGUCUGGAGUCGGUCUAUAGGAAGCUGACAGGCCGAGAGCUGCGCUAUGAGGCACUGCUGGGAAAACCCAGUCUGCUCACCUAUCAGUACGCCGAGCAGCUGCUGCGACUGCAGAACCCCAACCGCAAGCUGACCACCGUCUACGCAGUCGGUGACAACCUGAUGACAGACAUCUAUGGUGCUAACCUGUAUAACCGUUACCUGGCCCAGCAGCAUGCUGCCAUGACGACUGCUGCCAAGGUGGUUGCCCAGGGAAUAGGGAGUCAGGUGACAGUGGCAGAGGAGGAGGUGGUGUGUGCUGCUCAGUGUCACUCUAUUCUGGUGUGCACAGGUGUCUAUAAGCCUCACUCCCUGCUGCCUAGCGACCAGAACAGCGGUAUCUCAGAGUCGGUGUUUCACGGUCACAGAGACUUGGUGCUGGAGCCGGACCUGUUGGAGCCGAGUCACUUGGUGGAGGACGUGGAGGCUGCGGUCGACCUGCUGCUGGAGCAGGAGAACAGUGUGAGCUCUGACCUCUGACCACAGAUAAUAUCAUAGACACACUUACAGGUGUAUAAGAACUCACGGCUCUGGAUGGAAACUGCUGCUUCUGUUGCUGAUUGACCUGAACGUGGACCUGACUCUGACCUCUGAAGCUGCUUGUGUUUCUACAGGAGAGUUAACCCUUCAGUUGCUGUGCGGAUGAGCCUGACUGUUAAACUAAUAAAGUCUCAGUUUGUUGUGGUCAGCAUGAACUGUGACAACAUGAUGUCUGUUGUGAACACAAAAUAAAGGUCAGAUAUGUUUGA